CCCAAACCCCAGGCCAGGCCAAUCCCUCACCUCCUCUUCCUCGACUUUCUCGUUCAUAAAAGAGGUAUUGUAAAGGAUUGUUGAUUUUAAAGACGUUGAAUAGUGUUUUUUAAAAGGUUGAUCUAUCCGCCGUCAUCGGGAGAUACGCCGAAGAUACUUACCAUGGCGUCACCUCGCCGACAACGUCCUCAUCAUCAUCAUCAACAACUAGCUUCUACACCAGACGUUCAAGUUCGUUUACCACCAAUAAAAUCACUUCAAUUAGCACAUACAACAACCGAAGAAGUUUACCCAACACCUUUAAGCGCAGCUUGGCCACCGAAUCAACAAUUUGCACGUACAACUCCACUAGUACCAACGACAGUAGACCCAACAACAACUUAUCCAACUCCAAUAAGCGCAAGACCACAUCGUACUUCUUUUCAUUACCAACAACCAGAAUCAACAACCUCAUCCUCAAGACCUUUUAUAGAAGAUUCUCGCUUCAAUAACGACAGAACAGCCUACCCUAAUACACCCGACAGGCAGCGAUACAACAACGAUGUACAUCCACACACGCGUUAUCCAAACACACAAUCACACACUCAAUCACCACCACGCGACUCAGUACCAGACGAUCGAAGCGUCUAUACUCCCGCAGAUCCACGUUACGUUCAACCUACUCAAGGCCCUUACACAGAUACACGCACAUACCAGGAUCCUAGGUACACACAAGAAACAAGGCCAUCCUAUACCCCAGACCCCAGAUACCCACAGGAUACACGUGGUUACCCCGAUGCUAGGAAUUAUACACAGGAUCCCAGGUAUCCACCCGAAACGAGGACUUAUGCACCUGAACCUCGGGCGUAUACCAGCACAGAAGUGGAUGGAAGGGCCUAUGCGAGUGUGAGUGCAGAUGCAAGGGUCUAUUCGCAGGAUACGAGGGGGUAUGAUACGAGGACGUAUGCAACUCCGCAGGAAUCGAGAGGAUAUGUACCUCCUCCUGCGCCACCCCAAGAAACGCGUUAUACACCCAAUCAAGAACCUCGAAACACGUACCCCCCACCUCCACCUCCCCAACCCCAGCCGUACGCGCCACCCCCACCGCAGGAUACAAGAACCUAUGCGCCCCAACCAGAGAGGAGUUACUCGCAUACAGACGUGCGGGGGUAUGCGUCCGAGAGGAAUGCACAGCAUCAGCAUCACCAGCAGCAAUUAUCUUACCAUGCUCCGCCUGACCCCCAACCCCAAGCUCAGAAUCACUCACAGACGCAGAACCACGGACGGACGGCGAUAGAACACCGUCCCUCAGUACUAGAUUCCCAGCCUCCACCCCAACACCAACCUCAGCCUCCACCCCAGACACACUCUCAGCCCCAACAUCAGUCUCGGGAGCGGGGUCAGACGUCUAAUGAUACGCGUAAUGUGGGUAUCGAACCUCGUGCUGUGGAAGUGAGGCCUAGUUUGUUGCAGAGGCAUUCUGGGGAUGCGAGAGCGGGGUUGGAGGCGCAGACGCAGAGGGGGGUUAUGGAGUCGCAGGGGAGACCGAUGGCGCUUGAGUCGCAGAGGCAGACGAUGGAGUCGCAGAGGGGAGCGAUGGAGUCGCAGAGGGGGGUGAUGGAGACGCAGAGGCAGACUAUGGAGUCGCAGAGGGGGGUGAUGGAAACGCAGAGGCAGACUAUGGAGACGCAGAGGGGGGUGAUGGAGUCGCAGAGGCAGUCGAUGCUCGAACCACAGGCAAGACAGACGAUGGAGACGCAAGUGAGGCCGAUGGCGCUCGAGUCGCAAGCGAGACCGAUGGCACUUGAGCAACAAGCAAGACCGAUGGCGCUCGAGUCGCAAGUCAGACCAAUGGCGCUCGAGUCACAAGCAAGACCGAUGGCGCUUGAAUCCCAGGUCAGACCUAUGGCGCUCGAGUCUCAGGCAAGGCCGACGAUGCUAGAGCCACAGCCAAGACCGCCCGUGAUGUUAGAAGGUCCAGCCCGGUCCAUGGGAUUCGUUUCACAGUCCCAGUCCCAGUCCCAGUCCCAGUCCCAAUCCCAGUCUCAGUCGCAAGGAUCUCAGAGGGUCAUGAGCGCAGGUGGAGGGGAGAAGAUGGCCAAGGAUGAGAUUAUCAGAGAGGUGAGUCGCUCUUUCUCAUUGGUGUGCGUGCUGGGAGAGGAGGGUUCUGUUCUGUUCUGUUUAUUUUACGCUGAAGGGAUGAUGAACGCGGUAUUGACGUUUUUCGUUUUCGUUUCUGUCUAGAUCGUUCAGCAUUGCACGGCGUUGUACAAGUUCGCGAAUCAUUAUGCAACCCUUCAACCCACCAACCCGCAACACCAACCCCCCGCAGAAGAACUCGCAGAAAUGACAGCCCGAGCCGGAGAAGUAGUCCGCCUGCUCGAAGCGCUCCGGAACGACAUCCCCAUAUUCCCUUCGUCCCUCUUUAGCAGCACCUCCCCGUCUUAUACAAACACGCCGCAUAGUACGCCUCAUACACAUACGCUUGUUCCUGUGCACGGGCAUGGGCAUGGGUUGGAGAUGGGUAUGAAGAAUG